AUGAAUAUUGUUAAAAUAACACAUCCCUUUGAUGCAAAUCAAUUGCCAAAAUAUGUAUUGUCGUUUACUGAUGAGAAAUUUUAUGCAAUAAAUAAUAUACCAUCAUUUUUAUUAUGUCAUGAUGUUUAUGUCGUUAUAGAACUUGAUAUUGAUUCAAAAGAACUCGAUGAUUUAAGACAAAAAGUUUCUUUUUCUUGUCGAGAUGGUACAUAUCGUGUUAAAGCCGCUAUCAAAAAUGAUUCUAAAUAUUUUAAAAAAUUGUUAUUAUCAAAAUUAGAAGAAAACGGUAAAAUAAAACCAAGAUCAAGACAAACAAUAACAAAAGUUUAUCCAGCAUCAUCAAUAUUAACACAAGAAAAUCAUGCUGAAUUUGUAUAUAAUUUAAUAAAGAAAUGGGUACAAGAUAAUAAAGAAAAUUUUAAUUUUAAUGAGUUAGAAUUAAAACCAGAUAUUGAUUAUACAUUAACUAUAACUGAUAAUAAUAAUGUUGUUGAAGGUGUAAUAAGAUGUAAAUGUGGUGUUAAAAUAAAGCUAAGAAAAAAGGGUGAUAAAUUUCAAAUUACCAAUUUUUACAAACAUUUAAGAUCUUUAACAUGUUCUAUGAUGAGAGAAAAAAAAAGAAACAUUCAGCAAAAUCAAAUGUUGCGUAAUUAUAUCAAUAAUAGUAAUAAUGAUGUCGGAAGUAAUAACAAUAAUCAAACGCCAGUUCCUUCAUCAGCAACACCUCAACAAUCAUUAUCACAAAUAUCUAUAAAUGCACCAACAUCUUCAUUAUAUCGAGCAAGUAUAUCAUCAUCGUCAACGACAAAAGGUACUAAACGUAUUUCAUCGAGCUUAAUACCAACAUAUUCACAACAAUCAUCAUCAUCAGCAAAAAGACAUAAAAAAUAA